AUGAUUUUCAGCGCUCCAUGCACUUCAACUUAUUCUAACAAGUCGCUAAUUAGCGGAGCGAUAUUCGGCGGUGCUGCUGCAGCGGCGCUCGGCUACUUUUAUUGGACGAGUAGCUCAUGUGUAAUUAGUGAAAAAUCGCGAAAAACGGUGGCGGGGUUGGCGAAUAAGGGCAAUACGUGUUAUUUGAAUUCGCUUCUUCAAGCGCUAGCCAGCUGCCCGUCAUUCCUUGCGUGGCUGCACAAUGUAAAUAUCGAAGAAGCCGGAAUCAAAAAUGGGUUUAUUCAUUCGCUACGCAACAUUCUCAACGGUCUAAACGAUGAAAACGGCGGGAUUUUGAAUGCGCAAGAUGUUGUGCAAUCUCUAUCGUCUCACGGUUGGAAUAUCACUUUCGGCGUCGAAAAUGAUCUCUACGAGUUGUUUAAUGUAUUUGUGACGACUUGGGAGGAGGAAUUGAAGAACAGUCGGAGUACGCUGCUGCAUCAGGGAAUCGAAAAUUGCCAGAGCGCUGAAAGCCUGCAAACAGCGAACCGGAAGCUGUUGUCGUUCCAGAGGUGUGCUGAUGUGGCGAGGUUAGACGCCAGACUUCGAGCGCCUUGCGUCGGGCUCACAGCGACCGAAUUCAGAUGCUGCAAUUCGCAAUGUAGAUAUAGGACAAUAAAGUAUGAAUCAUUCACAGCUCUCACGUUAUCUAUUCCGAAUGUUUUAAUGGGCUCCGCGACCAGCAUCGAAGCCCUAUUAAGGCGAUUCUUUUGCUCGGAGAUCAUUCGCGACGCGAUUUGCGACAAAUGCAAACAGGCGUCGAGGAAGCAGCAGGGAUUCUUGAAGAAGCACGGAAUUGUCAAAUUGCCGCAAACGCUGAUGAUUCGAAUCGAACGCGUCGGAAUGCUGCCGUCGGGAAGUCUGAAGCUCAGCGAGCACGUCGCCUUCGGCGAAUGCUUGUCGCUUCAGGAGGUGUGCUUUCGAAAAAAUCCGAGGCUCAAUCAGAUCUCGUAUGAGACGACGAGCAAAUGGCAAUUGCCGGACGGCACGUCUCGCGUCGUAGGUGGUGCCGAAGAAUUUAAACGUCAAAUUAAUUCUCCUGUUCAUCUAGGUGGACCAUCCGGAUCCGGCUAUCUUUCCGAUUUCGCGUUGAUCGACGGCGGCUCGUUCGUUUCGGAGCGUCGCGAGACGCAAAAAUACGCGUAUCAAUUGCGGGCGGUGAGCGAACAUCGCGGCGGUCCCUACUCUGGCCACUUCGUCACCUAUCGUCGUGGUCCCGCGCCGAAUCAUCACUCGUGGUACUGUACGAAUGAUGCGAACGUGAGCCGAGUGACGUAUUCGCAAGUCGCCAUGUGCCAGGGAUACAUGCUCUUCUACGAGCGAAUUCGACCCCAUCGAUUCUAUGAUCGAACUUGA